AUGGGUUUAAGUUGGGAGGAGCUGAGUGCUGUCCACCUCAACACUUUCCUCUCCCCACUCCGAAACAGGGCUCAUUAUGUCUACCUGGAUGUGCCUGAGCAUAUUUUAGAGAUCUUACGAGGAUUUAAUCUCUCCCCACUCCGAAACAGGAAUGAUGAUGUCUACCUGGGCUUCUGGAUUCAGCUUUGGAAUGUUUCAGACGUCUUACGAGUACUUAAUUCUCCAAGUGCUGACGAAAACGACUUUGGCCAUUUGGACUUUGACGGUGAGUGGCUCAGCCCUGCCUCGCCUUCUUGGGAGCUGGAGGGGGGCACGCGAAGGCAGCUCUGUGUCCCUCCCACCACCAGCCCCUCAAAGCCCAGCAGGCUCCCUGCGCACUGAACGGGGAGCCCGAGACUUGUCGCCUCCUCACUCUCAGUUGGCCCCUGAGCGCAGUUUUGCCUCCCAGCCCUGCUCCCUGGCAACUUGAACCCUGUUAAACUAUGGAACUCACUCCAGCAAGAGGCAGAGGUGGCCACCAACCAAGACAGCUUGAACAUGAUAAAAUCAGGGAGGAAAAGAAGGCUAUCAGCAGCAGGCAGCUGCAAUGGCUGUUCUCCGCCUGUUCUAAUGGAGGCAGCCCUGCUUCUCAAUACCACUUGCUAUGAACCAAAGGAGGUGGGGAGAGUUGUUUUCAUGCUCGGAUCAGGGCCUUGCAGGUUUCCCUUUGGAGCAGCUGGUUGGCCACCGUGGGAGCAAGAAGUUGGAGCAGAGAGGUUGAUAGCUUGAUCAUAGCUGUCAGCUUUUCCCUUUUCUUGCGAGGAAUCCUAUUUGGAAUAAGGGAAUUUCCCUUAAAAAAGGAAAACGUUGACAGCUAUGAGCUUGAUCCAGCAGGCUCUCCUGAUGUUCAACAUCCUAGGAAUCCCAGCUUCCCUCUCACAGGCAUGCAUGCAUAAUUUUAUUUCUAUGACACCUUUCCACAGUUCAAACUAUGCUCAAGGCAGCUUACAACAUGGAAAAAACUACAUGGCAGCAACAUAGCAAAAUUACCCACAAACAAACAAUGAAACAUCCAAAAAUGCACACCCAAAGGAACAAUCCCCACAAUUCUGCAGGGGAGAAGGAGCGGGAGGCCAAGACUAGUUACGAGGCUAGAGAGGAAAACCCUAAAUCUUGGUCUGAUGUCUUGCCUAUAGAGUCCUUGCAGCCGGAAAAACGCCAGGUUGAGGAUGACUCCUUCGAUGAGGACUCCUCUAAGGAAUUCGAUCCAGAACAGUUGCUGUGGGCCUUUCCUAGCAACCAAAUCCACCGUUUCCUGCCUGUGCGCCCGCUGACAACCGUUCCCUGGCUUCUCCUCACCUUGUCUCGCCAGGUUGAGGAUGACUCCUUCGAUAAGGACUCCUCUAAGGAAUUCGAUCCAGAACAGUAG